GAACCAGGGCACCCGAACCCAACUUCUGUUCUGGGCUACUUGGAGUUCCCUCCAACUCUCGCUCAUCGUCCCCCUCUCUAGUCAGACUUCUGCUCUCUCUCUCUAUCUCACUCUCUCUCUCCACCUCCCUCUAUCUCUUGUUGGCUCCUCUCUCCCCGGGCAAUAUCCAUUCUAUAAAGCUGCUCAGAAUUCUAUUGACUGCGGUUCUCGCCCAUCCCGUCACCCGUGUUGAACAUUCUCCCGUCAUCGCACUUCGGCCCACCAACGACGCCGUUUCCGCCCACCUGUCAAAGAGGCAGCACGAGCCAUCGCUCGUAACCAAAGCUGCCAGUGAACGAACGGUCUUCGCCAAGCCGACACAUUGCCCAUUUUUCCAGGACACGGAGCCAUCCGAGCUGGGGAUUCGUCUGUGGUAUCGCCCGAGUUUCACCUGUGCCGUCUGAUUAUAGCCCAGACCGGUUGCCCGGGCUCGACUUAUAUACGACAUCCCAUCCGUCGAACAACAACAGUGCACCUCCAGCUGUUGCUCCCAUCAUCACCUUCUCCCCCGCUACGUCGAGUUGUUCACGAACUUGCUAUUCCUCACCCAGGCAACGAAGCACUUUUCUUGUAGGGCUAAUUGGGCAGUUGUGUGUGUGCUCAUUCGUGUCUCCAUCGCCUCCCCUCACAAAGCACCAUUGCCCUCUCCCCACCAAACUCACGAUUAUGUCUGUCUUCUCCCUCCUCAAGAGGUCCAGGCAACAGGCCAAGGAACACAAGCAGAAACAGGCAGAAAAGACGGCAGAACCUCCAAAGCAACCUUACCGACAUGUUCCUACUCAUGCAGCCAUCGACGCCCUUUCCGGAGCACCAUCGGCCUUCAAGCAUGAGGACCGACCCAAGAUCCUGGAACAAAAUCGACGGCGGAGUGCCAUGGCUGCCAGCGGGCUGACAAAAAUGCCCGGGCCAGCCGGCCUUCCUCGCGUUUCCAGCAGCCUUUCCCACGUCACCUAUCCUUCCGUCAACGCCAGCCCGAUGGGUAGCUUGCCCAGGGCUUACAGCUACAGCGGUGUUCCGCCACCGGCGCCCUACUGGCAGGAACGUAAUAAGAGUUCUAUAUACUCCGUCCCUGAUGGCAGCCGCAUCUCGCUCAAGGGCAAGGAGGUGGAUCGAUCAUGGGGCUCGGGACGUAACAGCCCCUCUUCGGCUAAGGAAUUCCCCUCCACGAGUUCUAGCCGUUCGACCAGCUCGCAGGAGGACCUGGAGAUGAAGCCCACUCGUCACCAAGCAAUGCCGUCUGCUCACCAAACCCCUGCUGCUGUUGCCCAUACUCAUCGACUUCACCCGAGCUCUCGUCGGGCAUCAGAUGCCUCCGAGCGAGGGGACGGUUCGCCCAAGACCGAAAAGUCAUCAACAACCUCAACAGACAGGGCCAAGCCGCCACUGUCAAUGCGCGGCUUUAACGCCAUUCCGGCCAUGAAUGCCCUCCCACCGAUGCAAUUCGGCAACUCCAUGUUGGCCCAGCAGAACACAGUCGCUUCCUCGGCCGCCUCGAUGGCCAGCGUCCGCUCUUCAUCAGGCCUCUCGUCCUUCAACUUCAACAUCAACCCCAACGCCCCUUUCUCGGCCCCCAUGUCUGGCAGAUCCUCCGCUGCCACCACACCAGCGGCAUGCGUGACGCCCGAACCAGUCUACGAAUCUGUCGAGGAAGAAGAAGAGGGCGGGUCCUACACAUACGCUCCGCCGCCGGCUUCUGCCGCCGCUAUCGCACCUUCGGCGAUGAAACAGAGAGAUCGCACAAACACCUCAAAGCCCAAAGUCACCCGCUUCACUGAAUUAGAGAAGAUCGACUCACACACGGACAAGCCGACCAGCAUCCAUGACGUUCCACCGUUUGAAGACUUCCGACGCCAUACUGGCCCGCCUCAGAUCUCCAAUGACGCCAUCAACAAGGCCGUCACGGUCGAGAUAGUGACCGCUACGCCCGCCCGAGUUGUUUCAUCGAAUAAGUCCGGAAAGCGCUUAUCGAAGCUUGCCGGUUCUAAGCUGACGAAGAAGAGUCUCUGGUCAACAAAGAGCUCCGCCGUCGCAGUUUAAAAACGGCAGCGGUGCUGCGGCAUUUCCGAUUCGUUUCUUUCUCACGUCAACCGUCCGCGGCCUUGUGAUGGAAUUAUCAACACCAGACUUUUCGUACAAAUACCGCGGCGUUUAACGGCAAAUGCCUGUUAUUUUGGCUUUUUUAUUUAUUCAUUAAUACCAACACACACACACACACACAUCACGAAACCUCUUUUCAGUAAUCUUUUUCUGCCAACACAACAAUUCAGAACGAGGGAUAAAAGAAAACCACCAAUUGGAGGGGAACGGAAUCAUUCGACGUUGCUGCCGCUGGACCUCAGCAACGCCGAGACAUCACAGCAUCAUCAACAGGACUGGAUUAGGCUCGCAAUCGGAUCCAGGAUGGACUUUUACACAUUUUCCCCUUCGUUACUUUUUAUUUGAUGACCAUAUCACGACCACAACUUAUACCGGAUCUCCCCAUAGAUAUUUUCCUAUUUCUCAUACUAUUCUAGCAAAUCAGGUGGGGACGCGAUAUGGCCAGCGGAAUGGGCACUCUGGCUCCCUGAUGAUGUCAAUGUAUCUAGCCUUUUGGUCCGACUGUCGAGACUUGUCUCAAAUAUUAAGACGAACCCUGCCUGAUUGGGGUGUUCGGCCCGACAUUAGACGAGAAUUGACAACAUUGACAAC